AUGGCUGCAUCCGCGAUGACGCCCACUAAGCAUUCCUCCGGCGAGGACCUGCCAGAGGCCACUGCCUCGCCAGCGGAGGCUGUAUCGGAAGUAUACAUUGAUCCUGAGCGAGAGAGGAGCAUCGUGCGCAAGUUCGACUGCUACAUGCUUCCUCAGUUUGUCAUAAUCAUGAUCCUCAGCCACCUGGACAGGACCAAUAUCGGAAACGCCCGAGUGUUUGGUUUCGAGGAGGACCUAAAGCUGCAGGGCAACGAGUUCGGCAACCUCUCGUCCCUCUUCUACACGACGUACGUCGUGUUCGAGCUGCCGUGGGUCCUGGCCGUGAAGCGCUGGGGCGCAAACCUGGUCAUUGCCGUCGCCAUCGUCGGCUGGUCGGCCGUGACCAUCGGCACGGGCUUCAUCCACAACUACCACGAGGGCAUCGUGUGCCGCCUGAUGCUCGGCAUAGCCGAGGCGGGCAUCUUUCCCGCGCUGUCCUUUGUCAUCUCGACCGUCUACCCGCGCCACAGCCAGGGCAAGCGCAUCGCCGCACUCUACGGCGCCAUAGCCCUGUCCGGCGCGUUUGGCGGCGUCAUCGCCCACGGCAUCCAGUCCAUGGGCGCCCGGCUCGGGCUGGAGGCUUGGCGGUGGCUGUUCAUCAUCGAGGGCGCCAUCUCGGUCGCCUUUGGCAUGCUCUGCUGGGUUUCGUUGCCGCGCUCGGCGCAGAGCGCGUGGUUCUUGGAUGAAGACGACCGCAGGCUGAUGCGGGACCGGGCGGAGCGUGAUGUCGCCUAUACGGGGUCCAAUGAGGAGUUUUCGUGGGAUUAUGUCUGGAUGGCUGUUUUGGAUCCCAUGGUCUGGGUUGCGGGCCUCAGCUUGUUCUGCGCGGGUAUGCCAAUGUUCGGUUUCGGCAUCUUCCUCCCCACCCUCAUCCGUGGGAUGGGCUUUCAGUCGGGCUCGGUAAACUACCUCACGAUCCCCGUCUACAUCGUGGCGUGCGUCAUCCUGGCCUGCUUCACGUGGCUGUCUGACCAUCUGCGGCGGCGCGCCGUCGUCGCCGUCUCGGUCCCCUUCGUCGUCGUGAUCGGCUACGCGAUCGCCAUCGGCACGCCCAGCGUCGGCGCGGGGUUCUUUGCCAUGUUCUUGUGUUCGGGCGUCUACACGUACAACACGCUGCUCGUCGCCUGGGUCUCCAACAACAUCAAGCCCGACCACAAGCGCAGCGCCGCGCUGCCCAUCUUCGUCUCCAUCGCAAACAUCUCGGGCGUCCCCGCGAGCUUGGUUUAUCCGCCCUCGACUGGUCCGCGGUACGUUAUGGGCAACGCUGUCAGCUUGGCCAUGGAAUUGGCUGCUGCUUUUGGCAUCGUCGUUAUUUAUGCCAUGCUGAGGAGACGUAACAAUAUCAAGGCCAAACAAAGGGCCGAGGGCGUGACUGACAAUGGCGAGAAGGGCGAUAAAUCCUUGGAUUUUGACUAUAUCCUAUGA